ACCCUCCUCCUCCUCUCCUCCACUUUUCUAGCCGCCCCAAGCUCUCUCCUCCUUUGUCUUCUCAAUCAAAGCUCUUCUUCAAGAACCCUAAUUUCGUAGAGAGAGCAAAACCCUAAUAAUCAUGGUUAUCAAAGGGAAAGAGACGGUUCCCAACACGGAAGACUUCAAGGAGCUUCGCAAUCUCGUCACGCACCACAUAGAGUCUUUCGAUUACAUGACAGAGAAAGGUCUCGAUGUUAUGUUCACUCGAAUCAACUCCGUCAAUGUUUACGACCCAUCCACCGAGAACAAGUGGAAAAUUAGCUUAGAAAAUCCGAAAGUGUUCUCUCCUCAGAAGGAGAGUUUGAGUUCAAAUUCAAGGAAAGAGUCUUUGUAUCCCUUUGAGUGUCGGCAGGCGAAGAUAUCGUACACGGGAGCGCUUAUGGCUGAUGUUUGCUUUCAGUAUGACAAUGGACUCGGAAGCGGCCUUGGAGCCGUCGUUAGAGAGAAGUUUGAGUUUGGUGAAUUACCUAUUAUGCUCAUGUCAAAUCGUUGCCACUUACAGGGUGCUGAUUGCCGAAAGCUUUUAAAGUGUAAAGAGUCAACUUCUGAAAUGGGAGGGUACUUUAUUUUGAAUGGGAUUGAGAGAGUGUUCCGAUGUGUUAUUGCACCAAAGCGGAACCAUCCAACGGGUAUGAUCCGGAACUCAUUCACUGGAAAACGGGAAGGAUACAGUGACAAAGCAGUUGCCAUUAGGUGUGUUAGAGACGACCAGUCCGCUGUCACUAUUAAGGUGUACUAUAAUCGCAAUGGAAGUGCCAGAGUUGGAUUCUGGAUAGGGGGAAGGGAAUUUUUGCUUCCUGUCGGCCUUGUUCUCAAGGCUCUCACUGAAACCAACGAUGAGGAAAUAUACGAAAGCCUGAACUGUUGUUACAAUGAGCAUUACGGAAGAGGCGAUGGGUCUGUUGGAACCCAACUUGUACGUGAGCGAGCCAAAAUCAUUCUUGAUGAAGUGAGAGACUUGGGUCUUUUUACCCGGGAACAGUGCCGCAAGUAUCUAGGAGAGCAUUUUAAAUCUGAUAUUGAUGGGCUAGAAAAAGAAAGCUAUCCUGUUGUUGCUGAAGCCGUGCUCAAGAAUUAUAUUUUUGUUCACCUUGACAACGAUGACGACAAGUUCAAUUUGCUCAUCUUCAUAAUUCAAAAGCUAUUUUCUCUGGUGGAUCAGACUUCUUUACCUGACAAUCCCGAUUCUCUGCAAAAUCAAGAAAUUUUAGUCCCGGGUCACCUUAUAACAAUUUACCUCAAGGAAAAACUUGAAGAGUGGCUGCGGAAAUGCAAAAGUACUAUUGAAGAGGAGAUGCGUAAUAUUAAGAGCAAAUUUGACUUUGAAAAUCAUGCUGAUAUCAAGAAGCUUAUGAACAAAAAUCAACCCAGGAGUAUUGGCACAUCAAUUGAGUCUUUGUUGAAAUCAGGAUGUAUGACCACAAGGUCUAGUUUGGAUUUACAGCAGAAAGUAGGUUACACUGUUCAGGCUGAGAGGUUGAACUUUCUCCGUUUCCUUUCAUUUUUCCGGGCGGUUCAUCGAGGUGCUUCCUUUGCUGGACUUCGGACAACAACUGUGAGGAAGCUGCUUCCUGAAUCUUGGGGUUUUCUUUGCCCUGUUCACACUCCUGAUGGGGAACCCUGUGGAUUGCUGAAUCAUAUGACACGUACUUGCCGAAUCUCCUCUCAAUUCGAUUCCAAUGGAAACAUCAGAGACUUUCGGAAGAUAAGAAGGUCGGUUGUUGAUGUUCUGGUUGGGGUAGGGAUGGUAACUUCAUUGCCAAAACUUGUACGAGCUGGACCACCAAAAGUGAUUCAUGUUCUUUUAGAUGGCCAAGUUGUUGGAUCUCUAUCUUCGAACUUAGUCCCUGAGGUUGUCGCUUAUUUGCGGAGACUGAAAGUGGAGGCUCCUUCAAUCAUUCCUGAAGACCUCGAAGUCGGAUAUGUACCAACAAGCAUGGGUGGAUCUUAUCCUGGAUUGUAUUUGGCAUCAUGUCCCGCAAGAUUCAUCAGGCCUGUUAAAAACACAUCGAUUCCAUCCAACAAUCUUGAACUGAUUGGACCAUUUGAGCAGGUUUUCAUGGAAAUAAGCUGUCCUGAUGGUGGAAAUGGAGGAAGGAAUAACUCUUCCCUUGCAACUCAUGAGGAAAUUGAUCCAACUGGGAUGAUAAGUGUGGUUGCUAAUCUUACACCUUGGUCUGAUCAUAACCAAAGUCCCCGUAACAUGUAUCAGUGUCAGAUGGCGAAACAAACCAUGGCUUACUCUACUCAAGCACUCCAAUUCCGUGCUGACCAGAAGAUUUACCACUUGCAGACUCCUCAAUCCCCUGUGGUGCGCACGAAAACAUACACUGCAUACAAUAUUGAUGAGAAUCCAACAGGGACUAAUGCAAUAGUUGCUGUCCUGGCUCAUACUGGAUUUGAUAUGGAAGAUGCCAUGAUUUUGAACAAGUCAUCUGUGGAGCGGGGGAUGUGUCAUGGGCAAAUAUACCAGACAGAAGCUAUUGAUUUGUCAGAUCAGAAAAGCCGAUCGGGUAGUGGUAAUAAAAGGUUUAGGAGGAAUAAUGCUGUCAAAUCCGCUCAUUCUUGUGUUGAUGCUGAUGGAUUACCAUAUGUUGGACAGAAAAUAUAUCCAAACGAGACGUAUUGUAGUAUCUAUGAUGGGGUAACCAACGAUUAUAAGCCCAUGAAGCGAAAAGGAACAGACCCUGUCAUCGUUGACUUUGUUUCUCUUGACAUGAAGAGCAAGAACCAUCCUCAGAAGGCAAACAUUCGAUUUAGGCAUGCCAGGAAUCCCAUAAUCGGUGACAAAUUCAGUAGUAGACACGGUCAAAAGGGUGUUUGCUCCCAGCUUUGGCCUGAUAUUGAUAUGCCCUUCAAUGGAGUGACUGGAAUGCGUCCGGAUCUCAUCAUUAACCCUCAUGCUUUCCCAUCAAGAAUGACAAUUGCUAUGCUUUUGGAAUCUAUUGCUGCUAAGGGAGGUAGUCUGCGUGGGGAGUUUGUAGAUGCAACACCGUUCCGUGAUGCAGUAAAGAAAACAAACGGAGAAGAGGAUAGCAAAUCCAGUUUACUUGUUGAUGAUCUUGGUUCCAUGCUGAAGCAAAAAGGAUUCAAUCACUAUGGGACAGAGACUUUAUACAGUGGUUAUUUAGGAGUAGAGCUCAAGUGUGAGAUAUUUAUGGGGCCUGUUUACUACCAAAGGCUGCGUCACAUGGUCUCAGACAAGUUCCAGGUUAGAUCCACAGGAAUGGUUGAUCAGGUAACUCGUCAGCCAAUCAAAGGAAGGAGACGAGGUGGAGGGAUUCGAUUUGGUGAAAUGGAAAGAGACUCAUUGCUUGCUCAUGGAGCUUCCUAUCUAUUACACGACAGGCUCCACACCUCUUCGGAUCACCACAUUGCGGAUGUGUGUUCCCUGUGUGGAAGCUUGCUGACUUCUUCGGUUUUGAACGUUCAACAGAAGAAGCUGAUUCGAGAGAUUGGAAAUUUACCACCUGGUAGGACUCCAAAGAAGGUAACUUGCGAUUCUUGCAAGACAAGCAAAGGGAUGGAGACUGUCGCAAUGCCGUACGUGUUCAGGUACUUGGCUGCAGAAUUGGCGUCAAUGAAUAUUAAGCUGACUCUUCAGUUAAGCAACAGUGGUGAAGGAAGCGACAGUGAAGGAGUCUAGUUCAUGGGGGCAUAUGUUGUAUGAAUAUUAUCUUAAAAUUUUGAUGGAUUAGCACAAUAUAUGCUUCUUCUACAACAACUUUAUUACUCUUGUUCCUUUUCUGGUGUUAAAAUGAUUGUCUUAGAGAUUUAUAAACCAGUGGAUUUGAUUAUUCAAUACCAUUAAUCUGUAUGAUGACAUGUUUAAUCAAAUUGCUCGAUGUUUGUAGGAACAACAUUUGCAAUUGAGUGAUCCCAAGAACAUAAUCCAUUUCCAUUUUGUUUUAAGAUAUUGAGUUGGGGAAAAAGAGUUAUUUGAUUAAUUAGUAAAUCAUACAAAGACUUGCAAGUUUUACAUCUAAACAACAUCUCUCUCUUUCUCUUAUUACACUCAUACUGAAGCAAAUACUGAUAAGAACUUGGCUCACUUUCCGGGAACGAAGUUGGUGGCGAAGGCCCAUGCGUUGUUGUUGACUGGAUCAGCAAGAUGGUCAGCAAGGUUCUCCAAGGGUCCCUUACCAGUGACAAUGGCUUGAACAAA